AUUGGUAUGACCACACCCACAGCCAGGGAAUCCAAAUAGGGCUGCAAUGCCACACAUCCACAAACUGCUCCUGCGGAAGGUUAGAGGAAGCUGUUGUUAAUGGGACAUCAGUGAUGGAUUUCUCUACAGGUUCCAGUGGCAUACGCAAAAUGGAAAAAGUUGGUACAUGUGCAGAUGAAGGAAAUAGUCAGCCCAAGCUACUCCAUGAAAAACACAUUUGUCAAGAGAAGGCCAAUGAAGAGAGGAUAAUGCACAGUGAAAAAUAUAUUUCUGAUUUCUCAAACAUUUAUUCCACAGACCUACUCCCUACAAGAAAUGGAGAAAAGUGCACAGAACAAUUUUUAAUUGAAGUUUUACGUAUUCUUUUGAAUCACAUAAAAAAAACCUACGAUGGGGAAAGUAAAGUUCUUGACUUCCAUCAUCCACACCAGCUACUAGAAGGAUUAGAAGGAUUUAAUUUGGAAUUAUCUGACCAGCCAGAGCCUUUAGAGCAAAUUCUUGUGGAUUGUAGUGAUACUCUUAAAUACAGCAUUAAAACAGGACAUCCACGUUACUUUAAUCAGCUCUCCUGUGGCCUUGAUAUAAUUGGACUAGCUGGUGAAUGGCUGACUGCAACUGCUAAUACAAACAUGUUUACAUAUGAAAUUGCACCAGUGUUUAUAAUCAUGGAAGAAAUUGUGCUGAAAAAAAUGCAAGAGAUUAUUGGAUGGGGAGAAAAUGAAGCAGAUGGUAUAUUCUCUCCUGGUGGAACAAUUUCCAACCUUUAUAGCCUUCAAGCAGCUCGUUACAAAUAUUUUCCCAUGGUGAAAACAAAAGGAAUGGCAGCACUUCCACAGAUUGUUAUUUUUACAUCUGAACAGAGUCACUACUCAUUUAAAAAAGCAUCUGCAAUUCUUGGUAUUGGAACUGACAAUGUCAUUGCAAUAAAGUGUGAUGAAAGGGGUAAAAUGAUUCCAUCUGACUUGGAAGAUAAAAUUCUGAAAGCAAAAAGACAAGGACAACAUCCAUUUUAUGUUAGUGCUACAGCUGGGACAACAGUAUAUGGUGCAUUUGAUCCCCUCAUCACUAUUGCUGACAUUUGUAAGAGAUAUGGACUCUGGAUGCAUGUUGAUGCAGCCUGGGGUGGUGGAUUACUGUUGUCCAAAAAACAUCGCUAUAAAAUGAAUGGAAUUGAGAGAGCUAAUUCUGUCACUUGGAAUCCCCACAAAAUUAUGGGAGUCCCACUACAAUGCUCAGCAAUCCUUAUUCGACAAAAGGGUCUUCUGCAGGCAUGUAACCAGCAAUGUGCAGAUUAUCUCUUCCAAAUGGACAAACCUUACGAUACAGCUUAUGAUACAGGAGACAAGACAAUCCAGUGUGGCCGACAUGUGGAUAUCUUUAAACUCUGGUUAAUGUGGAAGGCAAAGGGAAGCUGUGGCUUUGAACUUCAAAUAAACAGAUGCCUUGAACUUUCAGAAUAUUUGUACAAUAAGCUACAAUCAAAAUCAAAUUUUGAACUUGUCUUCCGUGAUAAGCCGGAGUACACAAAUGUCUGCUUCUGGUAUAUUCCACCUAGUCUGGAACAUGUCCCAAGAGAUAAGGAAUGGAAAGCAAGGCUGCAUAAGAUUGCUCCGCAGAUUAAAGCCCGUAUGAUGGAAGAAGGAACAGUUAUGGUCAGUUACCAGCCUCAAGGAGACAAACCUAACUUUUUCAGGAUGGUUUUCUCAAAUCCAGCUUCUAAAAAAUCUGAUGUUGAUUUUCUUCUCGAAGAAAUUGAAAGAUUAGGAAAAGGCUUGUGACAUUCAGCACAUUUACAUUAAUUUUAUUUAUUACAUUUUAAUGUAAUAAAUCUCCAAAUUUAAUAAUUUAAUCAGAUUAUUUCUUUAUGAAUCCUAACUGUAUAGACUUAUGGUUUUACAAUAGAAAAAACUUGUUUUGUGUGUUACUUUUAACAUUGACUUGUGAAAUAUACUGUUCCUGUUCCUAUACAUAUUUAUUUCCACAAAACCAAACAAUAGAUUGAUUUUUAAUGUUAUGUUAAAAUACUGUUGUUUUAGUUGUAAAGGAUGGUAUGUGCAUUCAUAGCUAAGUUUCUGAAGACUUCUUCAAUAUGAAACAUCCUAUGGCAGCAGCUGUACAGGCAAAUAAUGUUCCAUAAUCUGGGAUUAGCAAAAUAAUUUCGCCACGUGGCCUUUGACGCGGGCAUUGCUUUCUCUGACGUGUGCGUUGACUUUGGACAUGCACAUCUAAAGAAUGACACACGCGUAAAAAAUAAACAGACGCGUCAGAGAAAGUGACAUCUGUGUCAGCCGCACAAAUUAUUUUGCCCAUCUCUAUAGUGCAUGAAUGUGCAUGAUACCUAUUUUAUGUUAACUAGUAUCCCCAUCUGUACAUUAUUUGAACUUUAAAACCACAGCGAUUCUUAAACUUUUAUAGAGAUUUGCAUGCAAGUGAUUUAAAUUAUUUUUUUUUAAUUUUAUAUGUAAAAUGCAUUGGGUUUGUUUUUUCCUGUGUGUUUACUUAAACAUUUUAACAUUUUUUUUUGUAGUUGAAAUCUAAAUAAACUCUGUUUUGGGUUGUAAA